UUUAAAUAAAUUGAUUCGUGAUUAACAACUUCUUUAUUUUAUUUAAUAUAAUAAAAUAAACGCAUAUAAAUACGAAGAGUAUCCACUUAUUUUUAGUCAGGACCGGUGGUAACCGGUAGGCUCGCACCAUUUGUCUGUGGCAGGCGAAAGCGAAAGGCUGCAAGGCCGUGCGCAUUCCCCAGCGCCUUUCAGAUGGAGAAACUCCUGGUUCACGUCACCCUCCUCCUUGGAGCUGUGGUGGAGAGCAGCCUACCAAACUCCCCCAAACCGGCAGUGAGAACGGUGUACGGCGCUGUUGGCUCGCCGAUCACCCUGACCUGCGGCCCUGCUGAGGGACACCUCCAAGGCAAUGACAUUGCAUGGCGGUGGAACGGAGAUGUCCUGAGCCUCGGUGGAAAUGCCAAGGCAGACGGAGCCCAUCUAACCUUCGGCAGCACCAGCCCGGCCAGUGCAGGAACCUACAGCUGCCACUCGCACGCUUCUGGGAAAGAGGUGGAUCGUAUUCUUCUGAAAGUCGGAUACCACCCGGAGAAGCCAAACAUAACAUGCCGCUCAUACAACUACCCCGAGAGCUUCCAUUGCAUAUGGGAACCUGGAAGAGACACGUUGCUCCGAACAAACGUCUCGGCUACCUACAGACAUCCGAUGAGUCAAACCUUCCUGCCUUGCGAGCCCACGGGAGAUCGCUCCUGCAUUGGAAGCGACCUGAUGAUGUAUUCGUCCAUGGCUCACGUCGUAACGGUCCGUGUCACGAAUCCGUUGGGCUCCGCCGAAGGACGCACGCACUUCGUUCUGGAGAACAUCAUCCAGCCCGAUGCGCCGGUGAACGUGUCAGCGAGAGCAGCCGUGGAGAGCGCGGCAGCGACCGUCUCGUGGCUGCUGCCCGCGUCCUGGUUCGAUCCCUUCCUCUUCCCCCUGCAGCACCGGCUGCGCUUUCGUCUCGCCGAUAGCGGGGACACCUGGAUAACGACCCUGUUCCCCGGGGAAAGCGUAGAGGAGCAGGAGCUGCGCGGCCUACGUCCACGCACACGCUACGAGGUGCAGGUGUCGCUCAAAGACCUGCUGGACCACGGCCACUGGAGCGAGUGGAGCGAGUCUGCGUUCGUCCGCGUGGCCGGAUCUCGUCGCCCUGGCUGUGAACGCCACCGCGUGUUGUACGCGGCCGUGGGCUCCAGGGCGCGCAUCCCAUGCAAGGGCACCGCUGGCAUCCAGCCCAAGUGGUCCUUCAAUGGGGCCCCGCUGAGCCGCGGUGGUCCCAGCCCAUGGCGACAGGGCAAGAGAAGUGGGCACAUCACGCUGCUCAAUGUGACGCUGGGCAGCAGCGGCAUCUACUCGUGCCAGGCCAGAAGCGGCGGCAACGCCAGAUGGCGGCACAAGCGAUGCACUCGGCUGGUCGUGGGAUAUCCUCCUUCGAAGCCGACCGUCACGUGCCGCUCCUUUGAUUAUCCGGAAAGCUUCGAGUGCGAGUGGCAACAGAGCGAACACGGCAACAACAACGACAACGUCCUCAACACUUCCUACAGCGCCUCUUACAGGAAUCCACUGAACGAGAGCUCGCUGCCGUGCGUGCCCGUGGCAGACAAUGCCUGCCAGGGCCGAGAUGUGACCCUCUUCUCGGAACAGCCACACGAGCUGACGGUCACAGCCACCAACCCGUUCGGCAGUGUCGAGGUCCACCACGCGUUCCUGUUCGAAGAUAUCGUUCAGCCAGACCCACCUAUCAACGUGCAGGCGAGAUGGAGGGACGUGGAGAGCGUGUUGGUGAGCUGGGAACAACCCACCACAUGGAACCUCCACCCUGCCUUCCCGCUCACCUACCGACUUCACUACCGCACUCUGGGCGCGCAGGGCUGGAGAAAGGUGCUCGUGGAUGGCGAGGGCGCGACCUCCUUCGUCCUGGAGCCGCCGCCGCCGCCGUCGCGGGCCGGCGCUGCGCGGGCGCUGGAGGUGCGCGUCUCGGCGCGCGAGGCCCUGGGCACCGGGACGUGGAGCCGCUGGAGUCUGCCCGCGCGAGCGAUAGACGGGGCACACUGAUGCGUGCCGUCCGUGCGGACUGUUCAAGGCUGGCUAACAACGGGGCGCGCGCCUUUCAUGUCACUUAACUGCCCCACCCACCCACCCACCACCCUGAUGGUGAUCCGUGCGCAUUAAAAUUGAUGAGCGCCGCGGUGCCAAAUGCAUAUUGCCGCUUACGCUUUGAACCGCGUGCACAGGCAUGUAACCCUACAGCUUGGACAGAGACGGGAGAUUUAUAAUACUAUACAAUUUGAUUUUGAAUUCGUCAAUCCGCACGACUGCAGGUGCAUUCGCAUGUGUGGGUUGUUAAGGGACGUUUGCGUCUAUAGUUCCCAUCCAAUAAUAUAUUUAUUGGGUCUACAUGUGUGAUAAAACCUCAUGCUGUUGGCAACAGCACAUGAUUACAUUGUUUCAUGAGGACCUUCGUGAUAGGGUGGGGGCAUCUUUCCAAUACAUUGAUUACCGUUUGCAAGACUUACGAGGGUUGCCACCUGCCUUGGUUUGCCCAAGAUCGUCCUUUUUGAAGGUACCUGCCCUGUGCAAUCCGCGAGCCUUUCUGCUCCAUUAAAAGCCUGAGGUUCCGUCAGUUGUGUAACAAUACGAUGCCUUUGCAUGUGGCUCUCAACUCUCCUGGUACGUAUCGUGAGAUAUUCUUCCCAUGACAUGUUUCAGCUUUAUUUUAUGCCUCAAAAUCGCAAAUCCGAGUGCAUAUGGUAAAAAGGUGAAUGAGGGAGGGUGGAAUGAUUGAUAGACAGUCCUGACAUAUCACUUUGCAUUAUGACGCUUCAAUAUAUGUGAGGCAAAGCUUUCUGUGUUAUUUACUUUUCAUUGCAAUGCUACUGUAUGUUUACUGUACCUCAUUAACAAAUGCAUUAAAAUGUAGUUCAUGGGCAUUUAUGUAAAAGCGUUAUCAAACAGCAUUGAAUAUUUUUGUUUAAUCCAAAGUAUGUUAUAUUAUAACAUGUUUACUAGUUACUGUAUUGUGAUUCCACUUUAUUAGUGAUUUAGUUACAAAUGCAUUACUAUUUUAAAUUUAUAUUUUUCUACCGCAUACAGUAUUAAUGUCUCAUUUACAAAACCUACACAAUAUUAUAUGUAUUAAAAAUGCAGUACUGUAUUUUCAUGAUACAAUAUCGUAUAAGAUUUUAAUCACAACACCGAAAGUCUUGUACUUUUUAAAUAAAAAUGGUAAAAUCUUUA